AUGUCUGGUCUCUUUGGUGGCCCGUCCGCUUCGGCAGCGUCUUCCAAUACGGUUGGAGACUUGAAGCAGGAUGUCGAGGUCCAGCAGCCACCCACCGACGGCAUCACAGACCUCUCCUUCAACCCGAACCAAAGCUCCCAGCAGGACUUCCUCACAGUCGCCAGCUGGGAUAAGAAAGUCCGUCUCUACGAGGUCACGCCGCAGGGCCAGGCACAACCACGACAUGCCUACGACCACGAAGGUCCUGUCUUCAGUGUGGACUGGUUUAAGGAUGGCUCGAAAGUCGUCUCCGCAUCCGCCGACAAGCAAGUUAAGCUAUGCGAUCUCGCGACGCAGCAAACGAUGCAGGUGGCGGCGCACGAGCAGCCCAUCCGUGUGGUGCGCUGCUUUGAGGCCAACGGCACGCCCAUGAUCGCGACAGGCUCGUGGGACAAGACCGUCAAGUACUGGGACUGCAGGCAAAGCUCCCCGGCAGCUACCCUACAGUGCCAAGAGCGCGUCUACACCAUGGACGUGCGUAACAACCUGCUCGUCGUGGGCACCGCCGACCGCUACAUCAACGUCGUCAACCUCGCCAGCCCCGACAAGUUCUACAAGACCCUACAGAGCCCCCUCAAGUGGCAGACGCGGGUUGUCAGCUGCUUUGCCGACGCGGCAGGCUUCGCGAUCGGCAGUAUCGAGGGAAGGUGUGCGAUCCAAUAUGUGGAGGACAAGGACUCCGGCUCCAACUUCUCCUUCAAGUGCCACCGCGACCCACCGCAAGGGAACGUUACCAACGUCUACGCCGUCAACGACAUCUCCUUCCACCCCGUCCACGGCACCUUCUCGACGGCCGGCUCGGACGGCACGUUCCACUUCUGGGACAAAGACGCCAAGCACAGACUCAAGGGCUACCCCAACGUCGGCGGCAGCAUCACCGCGACCAACUUCAACAAGAACGGCAACAUCUUCGCCUACGCCAUAAGCUACGACUGGUCCAAGGGCUACCAGGGCAACACACAGACGCAGCCGAUCAAGAUCAUGCUGCACCCUGUGCAGCAGGAUGAGUGCAAGCCGAGGCCGAGUGUGAAGAAACGAUAG